AUGGCGACCGUGAGCGAAAUGGACCAGGUACAACUACAAAGGAAAGUGGUACGUCGUCGUUUUACUAUGUGCGCUAAAAAAAUAGAAGAAUAUCUAGACAAAAAAGAUAAAGUUGGUAUGUCUUCGGAGAUAAUAAAUAUUACUAAGAUUUUCGACGAGCUAACGUUACUACAAAAUAGAUUGAUGGAUCUAUGGUUGAAUAUGGAACAGCGAGACGAGAAUUUUUUUGAUAAGGAUCUAGAAUCUUCAGAAGCUUACAAUAGUCAAUUCUAUUUAUUGAAGCACAAGGUCAGUGAAUAUUGUAGUCAUAACGUAUCCCGCUCUUCGGCAUCUGACACUGUAGUAAAAGCGGAUAGUGAUAGUGGAGAGACUUCUCAAAGACAUCGUCGCCACUUUCGCCUUCCCAAACUCCAGUUGGCAGGAUUUAACGGAGAGAUAAAAAGCUGGAUACCCUUCUGGACUCAGUUUAAGAGAAUUGACGCUGAUAGUGACAUAGACGACGAAGAUAAAUUUCAAUAUCUCUUGCAAAGUAUUGAGACAGGUUGUAGUGCCAGAGAUCUAGUGGAAAGUUUUCCUCCGUCGGCCGAAAACUACCCUAAGGUGAUACAGCAGCUCAAACAAAGGUAUGCAAAAGACGAACUUAUAAUUGAACAUUAUGUUAGAGAGUUAUUAAAAUUAACUAUUGUUCAAAGGAAAGAUAACUGUAAGAUGUCCACUCGUACUCUAUAUGAUAAGUUAAUGACACAAAUUCUAGCUUUAGAGUCUCUUGGUGUCACGCAAGACAAAUAUGCCGCCUUUUUAUUUCCAAUGGUGGAGUCAGCGCUGCCAGAAGACAUAUUGCGAGCAUGGAAUAGGUAUCAAAUAAACGUCACUACUGAUGAUAAAGGUAAAAGUCAGUUGACACAAUUGUUACAUUUUGUUCGUAAUGAAGUAGAAUCUGAAGAAAAAAUUAAUUUAUCACGAGGAGGCUUUGCAAACGUGGAUCCAGUAAUUCCUUCUGCCAGUUUUUUAACUACAUCUAUAAGGAAUAAAGAAAAAACUAUUGCACAUACUAAUAAUGAAAUAAGAGAAUGUGUGUGGUGUGCAAAAUCAACGCAUAAUAGUUCGGAAUGCAAGACACCGAUCAAAUGGAAUUUAGAGGAGCGAAAAGAUUUUCUAAAAAAGAAGAAUUCCUGUCUGAUAUGUCUUAUAACUGGACAUCAUGCGAAGAAAUGUAGGAAAUAUCCUAAAUGCGUCAUCUGUGAGAAGAGACAUUACCCAAUUAUGUGCGUAGAAUUACAAAAGUCAACAAAAAAGAGUGAAGAUGAAAAGUCAAUGCUCAAACAGUCGACAAAACAGAGUACUGUUCUAUUGCAAACCGUCAAGUUACAUUUAUUUCACGAAGAUCAAGUUGUUACAGUAAGAGCUCUACUAGAUUCAGGUGCUCAACGCUCUUUUAUUAGAUCUGAUGUAAUUGACAAACUAAAGAUUGUACCUACAGGCAAUGAACACCUAAGGCACAAUUUAUUCGGAGGGGUAGUGACUAAAUUAGAGAACCACAGAUUAUUUACGCUAAACUGUAAAAGUCUUGAUAACAAAUAUAAACUACAAAUAGAGGCACUCGAGCAAAAGACAAUAUGCGAUAAUUUGCCAAAGGUGAAACCAGGUAUACUUUUGUCACAACUACAAGCAAAAGGUAUAAAUAUUACUGAUUGUGUUGAUGAAGUGACUGAGAUUUCUUUACUAAUUGGUUCUGAUGUUUUAGGUUCGCUGUACACUGGGCGAUCAGAACAUGUGAGUGAUAAUUUAGUGGCAAUCGAGACGAAAUUUGGUUGGGUAAUUCAGGGACCUACUUCCGGUAUGUAUUCUAUUUUUACUUCAGUACACGCUUGUUCAUUUGAUAUUGAUGACUUGUGGAAACUAGAAUCCAUAGGUAUUAAAGAUGAGGCGCAAGUAAAAAGUAUUAGGAAACGCGAGGAAGAAGUCGAGAAUUUCUUUCGAGAAACUAUAGUCAGAAAUGAUGAGGAUAGGUACGAAAUUAAAUUACCAUGGAAUGAUACAGCUGAUUUAUUAUCUCCUAAUUAUAAUUUAGCUUUAAAACGUCUUCAUUCAACUACCAAUAAACUCAAUAAACUAGGCUUAUUGACAGCUUAUGAUGAAGUGUUUGGAGAAUGGUUAGAUAGUAAUAUAAUUGAAGAAGUUGUAGAUGAUAAUCCGCAAAUUGGCCAUUAUUUACCUCAUCAGGUCAUUGUUAAAGACUCUAGCCUUACCACGAGAAUUCGUCCGGUAUUCGAUGCGUCUGCAAUUACUAAAGAAGGUGUUUGUCUUAAUGCUUGUCUCGAAAAAGGAAGUAAUCUUAUAGAAUUAAUACCCAAAUUACUUAUUCAAUUUAGGAAGGGCGCUAUAGGUAUUACUGCCGAUAUAAAGAAGGCUUUCCUACAAAUAUCUAUUCAUCCAGAUGACCGUAAAUUUCUUAAAUUUUUGUGGUGGAAUAAUCCCAGUAGCGCAGAUAGAAAACUAAAAGUUUUUAGGCAUCGUCGCGUAGUAUUUGGUAUUACGACAAGCCCUUACCUCCUGUCAGCUACAAUACUGUACCAUCUUGAGAAAUACGAAUGUGAAACGGCCAGUCUAUUGAAGAAUAGUUUUUAUGUUGAUAACUGCAUUGUUAGUGUGAAUAAUGAAGUCGAAAUGGAGAAAUUUAUCAACGAAGCUUUAAAUAUUAUGAAUGAAGGUAAGUUUGAGUUACGUUGCUGGGUGACUGGUCCUACUCUAGAUAUAAAUCAAACAGACACUUCUGUGUUAGGAGUAACUUGGAAUUCACAAACAGACGAAUUGUAUUGUAAAGUUCCAUUUUUAAAACAAAUUGAUAAAAAACUUACUAAACGAGUACUAUUAUCGAUGGCUCAGAGCAUUUUUGAUCCAAUUGGGUUUCUUUGUCCUACUACACUGAUACCAAAAUUGUUAAUACAAAAGUGUUGGGAAAGGACAAUGGACUGGGAUAAGGAACUUACUCUCGAAUUAGAAAAGUCUGCAAAAGAAUGGCUCCAACAAGUAUCAUCAAUUGAGAAAUGUCGCAUUCCACGAAGAUUGAGCAAGUGUAACCUGUCUGAUUGUAACAAUACCAUUCAUACCUUCAGUGACGCAAGUCAAUAUGCUUAUUCUGGUUGUGUCUUCUUGAGGUCAGAAUAUGCUGGUGUAGUAACAGUGCAACUUGUGCUUGCUAAAGCGAGGGUUACACCAGUAAAGCCCAUCACUAUGCCAAGACUGGAACUUAUUGCAGCCUUAUUAGCUACUCGAUUAUGUACAGAAGCAAAAUAUGCAUUGCAAUUAAACUGUAAAGAGUACUAUUGGACUGAUUCCAGCAUUGUGUUAGCAUGGAUUAGACGGGGAAUUGGUCUUAAUGUUUUUGUGCACAAUAGAGUUAAAGAGAUUACAGAUAGGAGUCACGUAGAUGAUUGGCAUCAUGUGCCUGGUGAACUCAAUCCAGCUGAUCUUCCAUCAAGGGGUUGUAAUGCUGAAAAUCUUUUUAAAAGUCGUUGGUGGGAAGGUCCAGAUUGGCUUAAGAAAUCCCAAGAACUUUGGCCUUAUUGUGAAGUACCUCCUGAUGAAAGUGAAGUUAAUAAAGAAAUAAAGAAAACAUGUUUAACUAUCCAGGAAGUUUAUAGAUUUACUGACAGAUUUCUUUAUUUUGGAAAAUACUCAAAAAUUGUUAGAACUGUAGCAUGGUGUUUAAGAUUUAAUAAAUACGAUUGUAAUAGACAGAAUAAGAAGGAUAUUACUGCAGAAGAGUAUGAAAAAGCAGAAAAUCGGUUAUUAUGUUUAAUACAAAGAGAGACAUAUGGAGAUAUCGAUGAAGUGAAAACAAGACUUAAGUUGGAUAUAUUUAAAGACAGUAAGAAUAUUAUUCGUGUAAAAACAAGAUUAACACUAAGUGGUGAUACAGAAAACUUCGUAACUCCGAUGUUAUUGCCUGGAACAAAUUCAAUAGUGAAGCGACUUGUUCAUCAGAGCCAUGUUCUUGGUCUUCAUGCUGGAACUCAAACUCUAAUUAAUAUAUUAAGGGAAGAAUAUUGGAUAGUUGGUAUUAGAAAAUUAGCAAAAACUGUCGUACGUGAAUGCAUUAUAUGUAAACGGCAUAACGUUAAAGCUUGUACUGUACCUUUAGCCCCGUUACCUGCUGACCGCGUAACAUGUGGAGUACCCUUUGAAAUAACAGGAGUUGAUCUAGCAGGACCGCUAUAUCUUAAAUCAGGUGAUAAGUGCUGGAUAGUAGUAUUUACUUGUGCUACUUACCGAGCCUUACAUCUGGAAUUAUGUUCUUCACUUAGUACAGAAGAGUUCCUUUUAUCCUUAAGGCGCUUCAUUGCUAGAAGAGGUAGGCCCAGAAUCAUAUAUAGUGACAAUGGCACUAAUUUUCGAGGGACGAACAAUAUCUUAUCGACCGUUAAUUGGGAUGACGUUUCUUCCAAAAUAUCAAUCCAAAAAAUAUCAUGGCACUUUAUUCCACCUCAAGCGCCAUGGUGGGGUGGAUGGUGGGAGCGUAUGGUUCGUACUAUAAAAGAAAUUUUGAGGAGAGUUUUAGGCAAAGCUGCUCUGUUAGAAAAAGAAUUGUUUACUGUACUUUGCGAAACAGAAGCUGUCAUUAAUUCACGUCCUCUGACUUAUAUAGUAGAUAGUACUGAAAAUUUUAAAGCUCUCACUCCAGCUAUGUUUCUUAAGGUAGGCAAUACUUCUACGUUUGAUUUAAACCAAGUUAAAUCACCUAACCUUACUACUCGUUAUAGUUAUAUCGAAAAAAUUAAUACAGAUCUACAACAAAGAUUUCGGUCAGAAUAUUUAUCUUUACUAGUACAAAAGAAUACUAAAAACGAGAACAAUCUUCAACCUGGGGAUAUCGUGCUUAUAGGUUCAGAUGAUUUGAAGCGCGUUAACUGGCCUUUAGGUCUCAUUUUAGAGAUAUGUUUAGGUGUUGAUAAUGUCGGUAGGGUAGCACGUGUUAAAACAGCAAAGGGUGAACGUGUUCGUGCACUGCAACGUUUAUUUCCUUUAGAGUUAUCGAGGUUAGAGAGUAUUCAGUUUCCACAGUCAUCAGGGUCAAAUGAUAAAGUCGCAGAUCCCGCUCUUGAGCCCGACAAUCUUUUAACAAAGACAACACGUUCUGGUCGUCCUGUGAAACUGCCUCGACGUCUAAACCUGAUUUAUUUUUAUUUUAUUGUUGUUCUUUAG